UCCAAGGAGUUAGUAUGUACUUACGUUGUACGGAGUACCUACUAAUUCCAUGGUAGUUACUCCGUAUACGUAACCAUGAAAUUAGUAGGUACCACGGAUUUACUAUGGUUGUCUCUACCGCAAUGUAAAAAAACAAAUUCUGAUUGACAGAACUAUUCUAACUCAAAAAGGUAUUUAAAAUUUCAGCGUUGUAAAAAUCGACAGAGUUUGGCUGGUUUAUUAAAAAUUUCUGUGACCGUGCAAGGUGUAUCGCGAUGAUAGCUGAGGCCGGCGUGUGGUCGGCGGCCGCGCUGGUCGUGCUGGCCGCGUGCUGGCCCGUCGCCGCCGAGUUCAAACUGCGGCAGGUUCUCUGCCAUUCGAUGAACUGUGAUUAUCCGGACACGCCUGAUGAAUUUAUAUCAAAAGAAGAAUUGGUGAAGAAUAUUACAGAUAUAUUGGGAUUAAGAUUAUCGAAUAUUGCAAACGAAGAAGACCCGUUUAACAAUCUCUUGGACCAAUUAGACUUAUUGGAACAACAAAACUACCCAAAUCACCCUGAUUACCGCAGAAAGCCUUUUGUGUAUUCGUGGGAGGUUAAUCGGAUUAAUUUAUUUAAUCGACCACAAUACGCUCACACGAAAGCCUUUCCAACAAUCAAUAUGGAAUUCGUGCCAUACCCAUCUCAGAUCGGUUUCCUGUACACUGCGGCGCCAACCUUCAUGGACCUGAUGGUUCCCCAGCAGAAGCCAGAAUUCACACAGUAUGUUGUCCCAGAAGCCUUCACAGUUUCCCAGUUUAAUGUAAAACUGAAGACUCAAGGCGUCUGCAGUUUGCUUGCCCUCCUCUCCGGACCCCUCACAUUCGUCCUCGCACUCUUGACGACAGCCGUUUUACUGUUCUAUGCUUGGAAGGUUGCGCUUCACCGCACUAUAUUCCAGACAAGAAAGCGGCGCCACUUCGACCGCAAGUGCGAAUGUCACCGCAAGUGCUGCCUCGCCAUCAUCUUGUUGACAGCGUUGAGUCUGUACAUAUGCGGCUUGUGGGGUUUCCACUUAACGGAGCAACAAAUGGAAGAUGGCGUGCAAAAUAUCACCGUAGCUAUUUGUAACUACACGAGGAGCCUCUGUAAGAAUUUACACGACGGAUCUAUAAUUCCAAAAUGGCUAAGGGUUAAGCCUUGGGAGAAGCUGCCCGAACCUCCUAUACCUAAACGUGAAUAUGAUGCUUUCAUCGAUCAUUGGUUUCAUUACAAUAAAGAGUCGAUCUUUAAAUGGACUUUUCGUCGGUCAACUAUAACGUCACUGAUGAGCAUUGCGCGUCAGAUGGAUGACGUGCAUCCUGACCUGGUAAGCUUGAAAGAAGACGGCGCCAUUCUCUGGUAUUUGGCCGAUCAACUUAAAGCAGAGCUCCAAGAAGUGAAGCGGACGCUGCUGCAUUCCCUGGAGAGUUGCGCCGCGCCGGCCUGCGUCGAGCUGCAGUGGAAACACCACAUCAUGCAGUUCAACACCAACACCCCACACGUCCAGAUACCAGAUCUGACGAAGGUGCUGGAUACCGUGACGAACCUGCGCGAUCAGGGUCUGUACGCAGAUGUGGCUGAAGGAUUACGCUCUUACCACUAUGUCGACGCAAGACUGGACUUAUACCAAACUCACACGUUCGCUCAUUACCGUGAAGCGUUGAAUAUCGCAUGGAAAUUGGGUCAUGUUUACUUACAUAGGUAUUGGUUUACGAUCCAAAAAAUGUACCUAGUGGCAGACGAAAUAGACGCAUACAGAAUGAAAAUCCUGAACGAAUAUCUUCCACUUAUAAGUAAAAUAUUUUUCUGGAUAAUCUGUAUUUUAUUGGUAAGGCUGACUUCAUAAAGGACU